CACAAAUGAGCAAUGAAUAGGGGGAAGUGUAAAUACGAUGAUUAAUUACUUGUAAUAGUUUGUUAUCUCUGCAAUCAUUUAAAACACUAGAUUGUUUAAAAACCUGAGAUAACCUUGGAUCUAUGUUUUAAAUUGAUUCAUUUUUUUUUUUAAUGCACCGAUUUUUUAUAUACGAAACAAAUAAAUCUAGAUCUAUAUUUUAAGUCUCUGAUUUCCUAGAAAAAUUGUAAGCUUGUUCCACAUUAUUUAAGUCUUAUUCGUCUUCUGACAUCUGGUAACGAAGUGCUUCUUACAAUGGCGUAUGAGGAGGAAGAAGAAGUAAUACUUGGACAAGCAGAAGAUAUAGACGUCAACACACCUGCACCAACAAUACCAUUAGAGAUAAGUCUAAGUGAUCUGGGGCUAAAACUAAAAUCAAGACGGCCAUCAAUCAUGGUAUCUCAGCUCACACAGCCAUUACGAAUCGGGCAGGGAACUUCAGCUCUGAUUGAUGCCAACGACCACACUGCCCAAUCAGUGGUUAGCAGUGCCGCAGCUCCAAACAAAAUCACCCUCUCUAGCGACUUAAUUGACCACGUUCACAGUGACCAAGAGAACAAAGGAGCCAGCACAAUAAUACAAACUAAUGCAGCUUGGACUCAUUUUGAGGAGACUCUAAACAGUGGACCUAGCACAGGGAUACAAGAAGUAGGCUACCAUGAUCUAGAUGAAUCAAGCAGAAAUGAUUCCAGACUGACAAACAAGUAUGCUGAAAAUAUGGCUGAGAAAAGCAUAGGUACUGCUUCUGAAGGAGCUACACAAGCAAUGGAACAAAAACUGCUUGACUCAUCUGAGCCCCAGAAAAAAAUCAGACUAUGCAAAUGCAAAAGACAAAUUGAUAUUUCUUGUGUUUGUGGAUACAUUAACAUAUGCAAACACUGCUGUGCUUCUUGUCCAUUUUGCAAGUUCAAAGCAACAAGAACAUAUCCACAUACUUAGAGUCAUGUCCUCAAAUCUUUAGCGAUUCUUCAUUAGUUUUCAAAGUUUCACUUUUAGAUUUUUGAUGAAAUUGGAGUUCAGUUAUUUAAUAGGCACUAAUAUUUUAAUUCAGCCAAGCAGAUGUAUGAACUUUAAAAAAUGUUAAUUGUUAACUUUCUCUCAUUGCUCUAACCAACCUUUCUUGAAAACGAGUUGCUUUAAAAAUGUAUAAUUUUUUGUAUGUCUUAAGGACUUUAAAAUGAGAUACUGUAAUAGAUUUAGAGUGAAUAGUUUACUAUACACUACACCGUAAGGGAAAUACAAGAAAUAGACACAAACUAUGAUGUGACAGCAUUAGGCUAGGUCAGGAUAGCAAUGAGAUAUAGGAUAGAGAGUUGGGAACAAGACAUCAUCGAGCUAUUGAUUCAUCUUCACUAUUUCGUCAGCGCUUUUAUAAAUCUUUACAUGAAAUUUUACAUAAUUUUUAUACACUAUUUUUAAAUAUUUUUUUUUACUUUGUUAAGUGCUUCUUCUUUCGCAAAACAAUCACCUAAUUAAUUGCAGAUGUAUUUAACUAUUUUCUUACAUUUUUAGUAAACCUGUUGUUUAUAUUUUUUUUUUUAAACAAUAGUUAACUAUUUAAUUAUCAUGUACUUUUGCUUCAAGCUUUUGCUAUUAAUAAUUUUUAACAAUGUUAAAUCAUUUAAUUUAAGAUGUAUUUUUAGUUUAAUGUGUGCUGUUAUUUUAGAAAUGGACUUUGACAAAAGUAAACAUCUACUGUUGAUUAAAACAAAUGCUGUCAAUAUGAAAAGCUACCUAAUGAUAUCAUUUAGAACAAUUUAAUAAUGAUAUUUUGCUAAUCUCUCCAAUUUUAACUUUUUAUUUUUAGUGAUAUACUGUCUGGACAUGUAAAUGUUGCUUAUAUGUUAUCACUAAAGGUACUUAAUAAAUUUAACUACUAACAGUAAACUGAAAAUGAAUAUACAUGUUUGUUAAAACAAUAUUUAAUAGGCAGUGGUUUGUGAUAUGCAUUUGUAGCGCAAGUACAUAACCUGUGCUAGUGCUAUCCUGGCCAAAGCCCCCUCAUCAAAGACCCGUUAAUGAGAGGCUCUUAAGAGCUCAGUUAUGGGCCUAGUUUUGUAUGAGUUUGUUAGCUUGUUUAAUAAUUAUUUUUUUUUUAGUAAUGUUUUUUUUUACUAAUGAUUUGUAAAUGUGUAUAUUGAAAGAUUGAAAUAUAUUAAUCAUAAUCAUAAUAUCAAUCAAAAUCUUAUAGAUUUAUUUUUCUAAACAUAUAUCUCAAGCAUUUGCUGCUUUAAGCUUCUUAUAUUGUCAUGUCUUCUUCUUCGUUUCAAUGUAUAUGUUAAAGGGUUCAGUCCCAUAUCUGCAAUUGAACUGUGCACGGUUUCCAGAUCUGGCAGCUCUCCAUGUGGUGUGGGUCAGGGGUCAGUAUCUUGUAAGAAUGUCUCAAUAGAGUAUGCAGUUUGGCAUUAUCUGGUGAUGCUCCAUAAGAGCAAAUCUCACUAGUCCAUAUUUUUAGCUUUAGAAACAUGUGUUGCCUUUUUUUAUAUAGUUUAUAAUGUUCUUUCUAAAAACAAAUUUUUUUUCCUUAUAAUUGUAAUUUCUUUUCAAUGUAU